GAGGCAACAACAUGCCAAUUUAAAAAACAGUUGACUGCGUACUAUUCAUUGUGACAAUUGUGUUUUUUUGCACUGCUUUCGCCUGAGGUACAGUUUUGAAGUGCCAUUGUAUAGGAACUUGAACCUCUCUCUCUCACACAUGCUGAUCUACCUGGACUCAACACAACACACCCACACCUUCUCUUCCCUGUUUGAAGUGCCAUCAUUUAGGAACUUGAGCCUCUCCUUCUCACACAUGCUGAUCUACCUAGACUCAACACAACACACCCACACCUUCUCUUCCCUGAGCUAGAUCACGACAGAGAUGCCUCCUCCAGGUGUGUGCAUGAGCAUCAUUAAUGGACGCCACAACAAAGAUGGUUAUGGGACCAUCAGCAACCCUGAGAAGUUUUUAAACCAAGACUACCAUAUGUUAAAAGAGUACUGUCUGAGCCGAAAAGUACGGUACAUUGAUGACAUGUUCCCUCCUGACAUAAGAACAAUUGGAAGCAGCUUACUAAGCCCCUCUGACCUGAACAACAUUGUGUGGCUCAGACCAGCGAAACUUGUUUCCAAGCCAUCUUUUGUUGUUGAUGGGGCCUCAAGGUUUGACUUUGGUCAAGGCGAACUUGGAAACUGCUGGUUUCUUUCAUCAAUGGGUGCACUGACAUUCCAGAAGGUCAUCUUUGAGAGAGUUGUUCCUCUUGAUCAAAACUUUGGUCAGGACUACUGUGGACUGUUCCACUUUAAGUUCUGGAGAUUUGGCAGAUGGGUCGAUGUUGUCAUUGAUGACAAACUCCCAACAAUCAAUAACAGACUCAUUUUUGUACGCUCCAAAGACCCAACAGAAUUCUGGCCUGCUUUGCUGGAAAAAGCUUACGCUAAAGUGUGUGGAUCUUAUUCAGACAUGAAUGCUGGCACUCCUAAUGAGGCAUUAGUGGACUUUACGGGCGGUGUCCACAUUUGUAUCCAGCUGUCAGAACCUUCCUCAAACUUUUGGGAGAUUAUGUUGAGAGCCGGACAAUUCACAUCACUGAUGGCAUGUGGCACUCCUCAGGGGGAGACAUCUGCCAACACCGUUUUGCCAAAUGGAAUUGUCCAAGGCCACGCCUACACCGUCACAGGUGUUAGACAGGUGAUGAGUCAUGGGCAAGUAGUAAAGCUGGUGCGUUUGUUGAACCCCUGGGGCAAAGGAGAGUGGAAAGGAGACUGGUGUGAUAGGUCACCUGCGUGGGAAACUGUGAGCUCACAAGAUCGAGAUCUGUGCCUUUCUGUUUUUGAAAAUGGAGAGUUUUGGAUGAGCCUGAAAGAUUUUUGUAGAUUCUUUGAUGAUCUUGACAUCUGCUGUCUAUGUCCCGACUUCCUUGAUGAAGAAUCAUCUUGCCAUUGGAAGACGUCCUUCUACGAGGGCAGAUGGCUUGCGGGGAAAACAGCUGGAGGAUGCAUGAAUUUUCCUGAUAGCUUCUGGACUAAUCCACAGUAUCGAGUGACGAUUGACCAACAAGACACUGCAUGUGCUGCCAAACAAAGGGACGAAAACAUGCUGGUGUCACUCAUGCAAAAGCCAGACAAAAGAAACAGAGCACUAGUCAAGAAUCUCCACAUCGGAUUCUCAGUCUUUGAGGUGCCAGAAGAAAUGAAACCACAAACAGGGAAAUUCCCUGCAUCUUUUUUCAGCAGAAACAAACCUGUCCUACAGACUAAAAAAUAUGUAAACUCCCGUGAAGUGAUGGAGCUCGCCACGAUGAGACCUGGCGAAUACCUUAUUGUACCAUCCACCUUUAAGGCUAACGAGACUGCCUCCUUCAUCCUGACGAUCCUCUCCAAGUCAGAGACCCACAUUCAUGAAAAUUCUGGUAGCCCUGACCAUGAAAAUAUGGAUGUCGACGAGCAUGAAGAGGACAAUGGGGAUAUCAAAAUUGUGUUCCAAAAAGUCUUUGACCAGUAUGGCGGAGUGAAUGCUGUGUUGCUUCAGGAACUUCUUAAUGAUAAAGUCUUGGAAGGAGACCUGAAAUUUGGCGGGUUCAGCACUGACGCGUGUCGCAGCAUGGUUGCUGUAAUGAGUACACCCUCUACUGGCAAAAAACUGAACGCUGGACAACUGUUUGAUCUGUGGAGGAAGGUUGUCAUGUCUAAGGAUGUUUUCUUUCGCACUGAUGUGUCAAGAAAUGGAGCACUGUCAUUGAAUGAGCUGAGGAAUGCCAUUUUUGCAUUAGGUACAAAGGUCACAGAUGACAUGCUAAAUAUGUUGAUCCUGCGCUAUGGCACUCCCACUGGACAUGUAACACUGGAGAACUUCAUCAGCUUGGCUGUUCGUCUUAGCUGCAUGAAAAAGAUCUUCAACAGCUUUUCUGAUGGGAUGAGUGUGACGCUACGUGAACCAGAGUGGAUGUACAUUUCGAUGUGCAACUAAAACAAAGUCACAUGAUGCCGGAAGAAAACCAGGACAAAGUGAGAUUUAUGUUUGCAUCAAAGAGAAAAAAUAAACUGGGAUUGUUUUGUUUAGACUACUUCAUAACACAAGAUCAACGUCUUCCAAACUAAUUAAUGAAUAAUAUUUUUUGUUGACCAUAGAUUUAUAUGUUUUCUUUGACUUUUUUUAUAGUAUUGUAAAUGUUCUAAUUUGAUCAAAUCGAUGAUUUCUGUGUUCCUGUUUUUCUCCUGCCUAAUAAUCGCCAUAUCAAUAUUUGAAGUAUAAUACAAAAUUGAUUCAUCUUGAUUGUGAAUACAUGAUUUAAGAACUAACAGCUGUGACUUUCUUCAUGAAAUGCUAUAAUUGAUUUGGAGCAUAGGUAGAUUUUCUCUCCACCAAAUAGCCCACAUAAUAUUUACUUAAUUAUUAUUUAGUAUUUAGUAUUAUUUAGUAGUAAUUCAGAUCGGAUAUAAUAUAUAUUUUUAAAACAUUUUAAUUGUAAUGGAAUACAUAUAAAUACAGUUCUGUUUUUCAUUUUAUUUUAUAAAAUGCAAUACAACACUGAUCUUCUCACUCUACU